AUGACCUCGUCAUCCUCAUCGUCCUCGGCCGCCGCUGCCGCCGCGGCCAAUCCGCUCCUCGACGCCGACACGCUGGCAGCCUACACGUCGGCCUGCCAAGGUGUCAGCGGGCCCAAGGCGCACCCGCGCGGCAAGCAGGUCCUCGACAGCCUGAUGAAGCACCUGCACGCCUUUAUCAACGAGGUCGAGCUCACCAACGCCGAGUGGCUGGCCGCCUGCGAGCUCCUCAACCGCUCGGGCAAGAUGAGCGACGAGAAGCGCGAUGAGAUGAUCCUCAUCUCCGACAUCCUCGGCGUCGAGUCGCUCGUCGACACCCUCUCCCACGAGCGCGCCUUGAAGCAGACUGGCACCGCCUCUUCGACCGACGGCGCCGAGGAGAGCAGCAAAGCCACCGUCUCGGCCAUCCUCGGGCCAUUCUACCGCGAGAACGCGCCAGAGUACCCGAUGGGCGCCGACAUUGUCCUCGACCACUCGAUCAAGUCGCAGGACGGCAACAAGGGGCUUACCUGCUACCUCUACGGCACCGUCACCUCGGCCAAGACCGGUCGGCCCAUCGACAACGCCCGGAUCGACGUGUGGCACACGGGCCCCAACGGCUUCUACGAGCAGCAGGACCCCGACCAGCCCGACUACAACUACCGCGGCCGCUUCAACACCGCAGCCGACGGCAGGUACUCGUUCCGCUGCCUCGUCCCCACCGCCUACCCGAUCCCCUACGACGGCGGCGCCGGCGACAUCCUCAAGCUGCUCGACCGGAGCCCGAUGCGACCCGCACACAUCCACUUCCUCAUCGACGCGCCGGGCCACAAGCAGCUCGUCACCCAGAUCUUUGACCGACAGUGCAAGUACCUCGGCGCCGAUGCCGUCUUUGCCGACAAGUCGGACCUCACCGUCGACUUUGUCGAGCCGAGGACCCAGGAGGCAAAGGACUUUGGCGUGGAUCGCCAGCUGUGCUUCGAUAUCCGCCUCGUCCCCGACGAGAAGUAG